GAAAGGAACAGAUCUUGUGGUCUUGUGGUAAUUCUUUAAAAUCAGUAAGAUGUUCUACUCAAGAAUAAAAGCUGAGAUUUUCCAAGACAGGAGCCAGAGUGGCAGCAUGCCUUUACAUAUAUCCACACAAGGAAAUGAGCCAAUUACAGCAAAACUAACCCAACAGACCAUAGGAAUUUUAGAUACUGCCCUUUCCUCCACCUGCUUUGGCCAAACUCAUGAGGACAGCAAAGGGCCAGCAAAGUCAUCAUCCCUAUGACAAGUGUCAGGAAACCUGGAGCUAUUGCUGUGGUCAUGUUAGGUCUCUUUAGUGUCUGUGAGUCUUGCUGUAAUUACUUACUCAGUUUCAUGGAAUCUCUUUGCUGUCUCACAAGAAGUGUCCACUACUUUUUAAAAUAGGGGUAGAACUAUUGGUGUAUCAGAGGAUUAAAACUGCAUUUUAUGCCAUUAUCUACAUUGCUAGUAAAAGAAACAUAAACUCAGUGCAUGUUGCAAUUUUCUGUUUCCCUUUCUGUCAUGUUGUGUGUUCAUUCCUGUUAUACAGACCAUGGAGUUUCUGUUGAAAUGAAAUGCACUUUUGUAGUUGUGUUAUGCCAACCAUCCUAUGUUAAGGAUAGAGUGGAAAAGAAACUUCCCAUCCUUCUAAUUUUGCAGGCAAUCCUUACGAGUUAAGCUGGCAAGGCAAUGCAAAAAACCCCCUGCUUCCCUUCCUAUUCUCUGGAUAAACAGAAAAUUCAAAGCUACCUAAAACUGAUCUGCAAGUUUUCAGCAUGGACAUUUAUAUGCCAGUUACAGGUAUACAGAAGAGGAAGAAUGCUACAAUUCUUUUAAAGUCAACAGGAUCGGAGCACCAUCUUCCCAAAUUCAUUAAAUGUAGAUAUUUUAAAAACUUCUACUACGAUGGUGUUACUUGCCUCCUUGGAUUCCUUAUACUCAAGCUCCCGAGCUUGAGUAAUUUUUGUGAGACCAAAACCAACACUGCACAAGUUCAUAAUUCUCAGACCAUGCUUGUAGCUGCCCACCAGCACCUUGCCUUGUAGGACACCAGGGCUUCUGGCAGUGAGAAGGGUCAGCUGCUUAUUUCUGCUCCUGGUGGCUCAUAGUUUCUUGCCAAACUGAACAUUUCUGCCCAGCUUCAAAUUUCUAAGGGAAAAAAAUUUAAGAAGUUGAAAUAAAAGCAAAAUAGGAUGGGAAUAUGAAAACAACAUUUCUGAGCCCUGCUGAGUUCCAACAGCAACACGAAACUAUUCCGUUUAUAUAUUUAGCUAAAUAAAUCCUGGCAUCACCACUAGUACGUUUCCUCUCAUUGAGGGGGUUUCUUUUGACUUCUGUUGGGACAAAUAUAAGACGAAUGAGAAUGAGGGGCAGAUGUCAGUUCUAUAAGUGCUAGUGGGAACUGGAAACUCCAUCAGCUGCUUUCAGAGUGUUCAAACCUGACCAAGACCAUUCAUCUGCACCAGGAGUGCUGACAGAGACCAGCUGAGGGACCCCCCACUUCAACCUUCAGUUCCUCAUGCCCGUCCCGAAGCUGGAAUCUGAAACAGCAGGAUUAAUCUAUCCCAGAGCUGUUCUUCAGGGAGGCUUGGUCGCCAGGGUUCCAUGGCUUUUGGCACUUCUCACCCCUCACCUGGGCACCAUCCCUCUGCUGCAGCAGCCACUGACCUCAGCAAGGCACUGCUGGCUGAUUUGGUGUUGUGGAGAGGAGCGGGCUCCCGCGCCUGCAGCCAUCCCUCUGGAGAUGCACGGCUGAGCCCACAAACUCACCGUGUGCCCGCACCAGCUGUGUACUGCCCUUCUCCUCUCAGACAGGGCGUACUGCUGCUCCUCGCUUGUCCUUUCCCCUCCUUCUCUCUCCCUCCCGGCUUUUGCAUUUCUUCCACCGUGAUCCAUUAGGUGUUUACCGGCAGCACAAUGUGACUUUUCACACCGGUUCUCUGUGUGUGCUGCCCUGCAGACCGGGCUGGAUAAAGCCUCUCCCCAGCCCCAGCUGGCUGGACAUCUCCCCCCCACCUUCCCCUCCCCUUCACACUAGCCAAGCCAAGGAUUCCUCUCUCCCUCCCUCUUUUUCCACCCCUCCCGCCUUCAGUGCAAACUCAAGACGCAGGAUCCUGCCGAGGGAAAGUGCUCCUUGAAAUCAUCACCGCAGACCCCGCUACGAAAGUGCAGAGGAGGAGAGAGAAAAAGCCCCGGCAGCCAACCUCCUGCAGCUGAGGGCUUGGCAAGCAGGGCAAUGGCUCCAGGCUCUCAGAGAUUCUCUCUCACCUUUCUCCAGGGCGUGGGAUCUGUCUUCUUCAUACUUCAGAUCAUCUGUGUUCAGGCUGAUGGGAAAGUGUUUGCACUUGAGUCCAAGAACAACUCUCAAGGUCUGGAUUUAGCUGAAGCUGAGAAAGCUUGUGUUGACCUGAGUGCUCGCUUAGCAACUGCAGAAGAACUGAAAAGGGCUGUUCUGGACUGUUCUUUUGCUGGCUGCACCACAGGAUGGCUCGCCAGCGGCUCUGCUGGGACAAUUAUAUGCAGAAAGACGGGCAGCAAACAGCAGAGCGUGAAAGCCAUUGAUGUUAAAAUUGAAACCGCUCCCUUUGUGAAUGACCAAUAUGAUGCUUUUUGUGUAAAGGAUGAAGACAAGCCCUGUGGGGACCCGCCCUCCUUCCCCCACACCAUCCUGCACGGGCACACUGGCUUUGAGAUGGGGGAUGAGCUGCUGUACGUCUGUGCCCAGGGGUACGUCAUGGGCAGCAAGGAGAGGGCGUUCACGCUGCUCUGCGACAGCUGCGGGGAGUGGUACGGGCAGGUCCAGGCCUGUGUCAAAGAUGAAACUGAGACACACAUUGACUAUGAAGAUAAUUUCCCUGAUGAUAGAUCAAUACCUGUUGCUGAGAAUGACCAUGGCAAUGGCAAAGAGGAAAUCAAGCAGGAGCAAAUACAGCUUUCCUUCAGUAAAAGUUUAGAGGAAGGAAGAACUGGAAGUACAAAAGUGGUUACUCAGCCCACAGACAUUUCUGAAAAAGGAAGCAGGGCACCAACUGAGUCCCCUGUGUCACUCCUAAGCCAAAAAAACUUGUUUUGGUUUCCAUCAGAAACUUUCAGUGAGCCUGAAUCAGAGAAAGAGGCAGAUGAUUCCACUAAAACACAGUUUUCUGAAGGUGAUAACCACAUUGGAGUGAAGACAGCCUAUGAUGAACCUAGUGCCAAAAUGUUUUAUGACAAUGAGGAUUUCCCCAUUGGACCCAUUCUCACAACUAAUGAUACAAAGACAGCAAUGGAUACAGUUACCAUCACUGACCAGUCGUGGCUAGAUGGAUAUCCAGUAACACAAGAGGUGGUAGAGGAUGAUGAAGAGGGUGAUAAAGUGGAUGGCUCGAUGGGAACAGAAGAUGACGUCAUCCUCACGACUGAUCAACCAAAUCACGUGGAAGUAAGAAAAUUGGGAAGCGGCAGCCCAGCUCCAGAGGAAGGUCUAACACAGAUUGUGGCAGCAACAACAGGGGUAGAUGAUGAAGGGGCUAAAGAGACACUGGUACCCCUUACAUCAGUGAGUGGUCUGGAGACCUUCAGUGUGAGCAGGGGUUAUGAUGAUGCUGUGUGGGAACAUCUGGCUACCUCUCUGGAAACUGUGACUCAGGAGCCCACUACAACCAUGCUGCUUGGCACAACCAGCUCAAAAACCUACAUGCCAGAAACCUCUGUGACUGUCAGCCCCUCCGACCACACUCCAUACACAGAACCACGAGACACAACCACCUACCCAGAACAAGUAGCAAUCACUGCACCAGCUCCAGACAUCAUUACUGACACAGCGUCCCAGGAAUUAGCUGAGCAAGAAAAUCUCACCCAGGGCCUUGGAGAGAAGCCUGUCCCCACUUCUGAGCCAUGUGAGGGAGAGAAUUGUCCCAAGUCCAGUAAAGGUGCUAUCAUAGCAGUAAUAGUGAUUCUUCUCUGCUUGUUACUGGUUGCAGCUGUUCUGGCAGUGUGGUUUUUCAAAAAACGGCAGCAGAAAAAUUCUGUCUAUAAACUAAAUGGAAGGUGUCAGCCCAGACAUCACUGUUACCACCACUACCACCACCAGCACAUCGAAAUGCAGAAAGUCUAACCAGGGGCCUUUUGGCAGAGAUCAGAAGUAAAAACAUAUUGAUGCUAGAAAAAUCACAUGAUUCAUGGAUGCUAAAAUCCAGCAGUGCAGAAAGCAGAAGAAAAAAAGAAUGCUAGAAGAACAUAGAAGACAGAAAAGAUUUCAUCCUUUUGAAAUUGCAGUUUAGCAUAUUCGACUUUUCAGAGCUAAAGAAUCUGUACAUUUUUAUCCCAAGGGUCUUUUGGAGACACCAGCAGGACACAGUGUUCUCAGUAGUACAUCUUCAAUUUGUUCCGCUUUUACAUUUUGCUCCCAUUAAUAAUAAAUUAAUUGAUUAAUUUCUGUGUUACCUGGUUAUAGUGUAAUGGAGGGGCUGGUCAGGCCUCUUUGGUCUGUUCUCAGUGGAAGAGGAAAAGAAGGAGGGAAGAAUGGAAGAAGGAUGUUUUUGGAGCAAGCAACCACACACUUGGUGUUUGCUCCUUUUUUAGAACUUGCCCAAGCUGGUCAGGAUAAACCACCAUUACAAAUUAUUACCUGAUGUGUCUUAGAAAAACUAUUUGCUACCAGACU